AUGGACGCGUGCUACUCCACCGCCGCCGGGCGACCGCCCAGGCACGAGAUGGCUCUCGAGGUGAAGCCGCUCCACCUCCCGGGAGAGUACGUGACCAGCUACCGCGGCGCGCUGCUCACCCGCGACCAGGCGGCGGAGGCCUCCCGCCGCCACGGCAGCUCGUACCUCUUUGCUCUGGGCGACGCCUCUCGCUUCCUCAACCACGCGGAAUCGGGCAGCCUCGUCGCCGCGCCGGCCGUGGGCGGGCGGGGAGUCGAUUUCUUUGCUGCGCGGGACCUCGCAGAGGGCGCCGGGCUAGGAGGAGACGAGAGAGCAGGAGAGAGCAGGAGAGAAGAUAAGCAGGGUGGGGUUGGGGCCGUACUCAGCGUUGGCGCGUCUGGAGCAGGCACCGAGCUGAGCUUUGACUAUGGCGUCGGCUAUUGGGCGGGCCGAGAGGACGACCCUGCGCCGGGCCGCGCGCUGGUGUUUGCCGCUGUGAUCUGUGAUCUGUAA